AUGACGGGUCGCGGAGAUAAGAGUAGAGGUGAAUCGCUGGGCGGGUCGGGAAGGGAUGACUCAGUGGGCGAAGAUGCUGGAAAACGGCGGGUCAUAGAGGAAUCUAGGGUCGGCGUGGACUUAGAUAGAGAAAUGGGUUUUGGGGGUUUGGAAGAGGAAGGCGAUUUUAGGGCGAUCGGAGCAGGGUGGGCGGGACUUGACACGGGCGGCAAGGCGGAAGAGCGAGUUGAUUUUUUGGUAGGUUUUGGUGAGUUUUGGGGAUUGGGAUAUUUGGGUAGGGAUGAUGGUGGUUGUGGUGGCGGUUUGGCUUGUGAUGGUGAAAAUUAUGGUGAGAGGCAAGCAAAGAAGAACAGUGCAGAUGAGAGAAAAUGGCGUUGGGGAGAGCAUGGUAUUGUGGUUGAAAAAGAUACAAAGAUAGUGACUGGUAUUUUUAGUGGAAAAUGGAGAGUGAGAUUUGGUGGAAGAAGAUGA